UUCCCCAUUUCAAAAUAUAUUGGAAAAUGUUACAAGAGCUACAAGAACUGCACAGGAGGUUGGACUUGAAAACCUUCAAAGUCCCUUCCAACUCUAGCCUUCUAUGAUUCUUUGACUGUUAAGAAUGCUUUGAUGGCAUGUUUCAUUGUGAGAAUUUACAGUGGUCUUAUUUUAUGCCCAGGAAUUUUAAAAUAUCCCUUGGUCAUAUGCUAUAUGGGAUAAUGGAAAAUUGAUUUUUAAAAACAAAACAAUACACCUAUCUCUUAAUUAACAAUUCCAACCUGCUGUAUCAAAAUAUUUUAAAACACAUCCAACUUGCACUUAUGAGACCCAAAUUGUACUAUUUGAUAUUUUUUAAAAAAUCAUCCUCACUGAAGAAAUGGUGGGGCUAUGUAAGAUGCGACAGUGCUGCUGAUAGGUUUGACUAAUGUAGCACUGGCACUUGUGUGCAGAGGAAUUUCGCCAACCUCCCCUUCCUCUGGAAGUACUCUGUGCCACCCCAAAAUGUGUCUCUGAGGGUCAUGCAGCCCUCAGGGACAUAUUUUCAGGUAGCACAGAGGGCUCCCAUGGUAAGGUGAAAUCAUUGAAAUCCAUCCCAUCCCACCCACCCCUCCUCACACACUGCUACUGUGUUAGUCAGGAAAUCAGCAUUCAGCACCACCACCAAUGCAUCUCACAGUGCACCAACACUUCAUUAGUCAGGAUGUUGGCCAUUGUUCUGAUGUGGUGGAAGAAGAUAAAAUAUUUGGCAGACUCUUCCCAACAUUUCUACCAAGACUUGAAAUAGGUGGCAUUUUCUUCUUUUACUCAUCUGGGCAUUAGACUUGAUGGGUCAGCGUUUUCAUUUUCUAGUACUUUUCAAAUGUUUAGGAUCGCUCACUAACUGUAGAAGUUCCAUUCCUUUUCCAGUUCUGGCAGAUAGCACGUCAGUUCCCUAUAAAUCUUGUCCAAUUCUCAUGAAGAUUUAAUAAAAACAUUAAAAUGUUCUUUGACAACAGACAGGCUAUUUUCUUUUCUCUUUUUAAAAUAAUGUACCAGUCUUUUCCAGUCAACAAAUAUAUUUUGGGAUUAGUGCAUUAACUAUUAUGUCUGAUGGGAGAAGAUUUCUAAUGCUUGUGUAAUCCCAGCAGACAAGAAGUUUAACAGAAUAAUCACAGAGGAUUCGUGCUAGAACUAGGCCUAUCUAGACUAGAGUAGAAAAUAACACAGAUCCUUAACAAAUGAAAGUGGAGACUUUAGGAAUACAAUAGCUUAUAUAGGGUUGGAGUAGACUGUGUGAAUAAUUGAAACAAAGUUGCAUGGCUCUUUCUAAUUAAUCUGCAGCAGCUCAGCUAAUGGUUGCAUCUUUCUUAAUCAUGUUGAGGAUAUAACAGGGCAUCAUAAUGGAUUCCCUUGACUUUAACAUGGUUGGAUUAGCAGCUCUUUGGACCUUGAAUACAAUAAAUUCUGCGGCCCACCACACAAUCAAAUCUUAUGGUAUCUUGACAGGAACUGUGUGCUGUACAUAAUGCCUAUCAUUUUGUACUGUACAUGAAAACAGGAACAAAAAUGUUAAAAUUUGCCUUGCAAAUACAUUAAACAUGUUACUAAACCAUAAUUAAUCUAGACAGAAAACCAGCUGAGAUGUUGUGGUGGUGAGACAGAGGGGCUCAAGGGGUACUCUCUCCACUGUACGACUGAUUUCCUGAGGGAAGGAUAUAGAUGUUCUCACCUUUCAGAGCACUCCCCUCAUAUUCCUCUCUCGUUCCCUUUGAUAAACAUGGCUAUGAUCUGGCAUAAGACAUCUGCUCCCCCCCCCCUUUUACAAGACACCCAGCAGGAAGUGGAACCAUUCUCUGGAUCCUCUUGCUGGUUGGGAGGGAACACAUAGGCCCUUUAGGUUCCUAUUUUUAAUUUUCCCUUAAAAUCUGCAUAGAAAUCUGUAAGAAAGAAAAACAUUAAAUUGUGGAAAGUGUGUAGGAGAGGGGAUGGGUAGGCCCUGUCCCUAGUGGGGAGAACAGCGGAAGCACUGAAGCAGGAUGGAAUCAUCUGGGCUGGGCCUGGGCGUGGUGCGAACAGGAAAAUGCCGCGGGAUAGUCUUUAAUGAAGCGCAAGUGGCCAGAGCCAGGCUGCGUGUUUCAUGGGUGAUUCAUCACACAAGUGGGAGGCACUGGCAUGAGUAACGGGGUAGGUUUCUGUGGUGGCUACACAGGCAUGACCAUAUUCCCAGUCCUGGCCUGCUGAAAUCAGAAGACAUACACAUACCGUUCAACAUUUAACAGAGGAAAAUUGAUGUAUGAAGCAAGCCAAAGAGAUUCGUGGGGGAUCCUUGCCUUCCUGUGUGCCACGCUCUGGAACCUGCCUGUGGUGCCUGCCCUGAACAGCACGGACCAAGUGACUACCAGACAGUCCAUCCAGCAGACGUACGACCUUACUCGCUAUCUGGAACACCAGCUGCACACGCUUGCGGCCACUUAUCUCAACUACCUGGGGCCACCUUUCAAUGAGCCAGACUUUGACCCUCCCCGGAUAAUUGGGGCAGAGGCUGUGCCCAGUGCCACUGUGGACUUUGAGCUGUGGCGCAGCCUGAAUGACAAUGCGCGGCUAGCAGCCAAUUACCGGGCUUACAGCCACCUGCUGUGCUACCUGCGGACCAUGGAUGGAGCAGCCCCGGCUGCCAUGCCAACUUUGCGCCAUAGCCUAGCCCACUUCCGUGCCAGUCUGCAAGGGCUGCUGGGCUCUAUUGCUGGCAUCAUGGCUUCCCUGGGCUACCCACUUCCGCCUCCAGUGCCCAGUGGUACACCUACUCCUCACAGCCACUUCCUGCGCAAGAUGGAUGACUUCUGGCUGCUUAAAGAGCUGCAGACCUGGCUAUGGCGCUCUGCCAAGGACUUCAACAGGUUGCGCAAGAGGGUGCCGCCUUCUGCUGUUAUGCUGCACUUCGAGACCAGGGACUUCUGACCCCUGCUUUUCACCAGUCUGUCUUCACCUCAUCCACGGAUGUCAUACCUGCCCUUCAAGGCCCAGGGCUUUCCGAAGCCUCUGAAUCCACAGCCCCCUCCCAAACCACCUCAAAAGUGUCCCCCUGCUCCUACACUUUCAUGGUUCUGCACUGCUCUUAUGAAGCUGUGCCUCUAGGUGAGCAAACUCAUACCUAUCCAUUCCUUUCCUUCCUCCUUCAGAGUGUUCUCUAGUUCUCUUAUUCUUCCCAGAGGGCUGUUAGGAACAUGGGAAGCUACCACAGACCAUUGGUCUAUCUAGCUCAGUAUUGUCUUCCCAGACUGGCAGCGGCUUCUCCAAGGUUGCAGGCAGGAAUCUCUCUCAGCCCUAUCUUGGAGAAGCCAGGGAGGGAACUUGAAACCUUCUGCUCUUCCCAGAGCGGCUUCAUCCCCUGAGGUGAAUAUCUUGCAGUGCUCACACAUCAAGUCUCCCAUUCAUAUGCAACCAGGGCAGACCCCACUUAGCUAAGGGGACAAGUCAUUCUUGCUACCACAAGACCGGCUCUCCUCUCCUAUUAAUUUUCCAGCAGGAGGGGAAGAACUUUGCUCCUUCCCUUUGUUCCUUGUGACAAGCAAUAAAGCCGUGGCUGUAGGGCAGGAAGCAUUCAGCAGCUUCCAACUCUUACACUCCACUUUCCAUUCAUUGAGCUCCCCUUGGAGCCUGGGUUCUUGCAUUCCUUCCUUCCUUCCUUCCUUCCUUCCUUCCUUCCUUCCUUCCUUCCUUCCUUCCUUCCUUCCUUCCUUUUUUAAAAUGCCAAUUAGGAGCUAGCAAAAGGGGCUUCACAUUGGCCAGAUCAGCACACAAUUCUGAGGGAAGUGUCUCCCAAGCUAGCUUGUUCAGGAUGACCGCUGGCCUGGCCCUUCCUCCAGGCCAUGAAUUCUAGGGGUAAUCUCAGAAAGGGCAAAUGGGGCUCUGAACAGGAGGUGACACAAGACACAAACUACAAGGGACAUGAUUCAGUGCAGACUGGUGGGUAUUCGGCCCUUUUUCUUUCCUUUCCUUUCCUUUCCUUUUCUUUUCUUGCAAUGGCCAUUAACACUUCCCCUUCCAAUCAUUUGUUCAUGCCACAUUAAUCAAAGCUGAGAGUUAUAACAGAAAACGAGCGGGGCCAUCAUCCUAACCAGCCCCAACAGUGAUCGCCGCCUGCCUGUACCUCUCCCUCCACACUGUGGCAGGCGGGCCUGGUGAGGCUGUGUGGUUUACACUGUCACCAGCAAGGGGAGGGAAGCAGGGAGAUCCCCCAAUGUGGCCCCAUCCUUGGUUCUCUCCCCUCCCCUUUCUGCCCAACCCCUCCUCCUCCCCACUGUCAGGUCGUGUUAUUCUCAGUUUGUCUGUAUUAAUAUUUAUUUAUUUUCAGAUGUUAUUUAUUAGAUUGUAUUUAUUGAAGAAUUUCUAUUCUUGUAUUAACAAAUAAAAGGCUUUCUUCAGGA